GAUUCUCUGUUGGGUCCAAUAGGUUGGUGUUUCCUCACAUUUGAUUUUCCGGGCUAUGUGCCAAAACGAAACAGCAGUGAAAUCUUGGGAAAACUCACAUUAUUUAGUCUCCAGAGAUCGCAAAAUGACCAAUGAUUUAACUACAGCUUUUAGUGAAGAAAUCGCAAGGUGCUUCACUUUUGAUGGCGUUUUCAAAGAUUCAAACGAUCAGGUUAAACUUAAGGAUAAGUCACAAUCGUUUGAUUCUAGAGAAUCUUUGGGUCCACUACUCGAUCACUACACAUUUCCACCAGUACAUUGGUUUGGGACGUGUUUGUAUGGAGUUGUUCUAGAAGCUCUGGAUAUCAAGGAACAGGAACAACCAAUUGAAUGUUACGAUCUAGAUAUACCCGAAGAUGAAGCCAUUAGUUAUGCAUUCGAUCACCAUUCGUUAGUAACAUCUCAGUUGCCUGAUUCAUACGAUGACAUCGUUCAAACUGCCGACGAAAUCAUUAAGGAAAUUGAUAUUCUUAUGAAUGAUAAUGAAGAUAUCCCUUUGUCACUGUGCAAUAUGGUCCAGUCGGAGUAUAAACGUCCACUGGUGCUAGAAAAUAUCGGAAGUGAUUGGCUUCCUGAAGAAGCUAUGCAAGAUCUUUCUCUGAAUGAACUCAAUGCAUUAUUAGAAGAACUAGAAUCUUGUGUACGAGAAUAUUCUGCUAUCCUCGUUCAAGAGUUAGCGUAUAGAGAAGAAUUGGAUUUUGAACAAGAACAGAAAGAUAUUUUUAUUGCACGCUUGAAUGAAUUGCACCGCCGUCUGGAGCGUCGGAGACGUUUAAGUAUACCACCAGAUAAUCAUAUUCAGUUACUGUCAAAUUCUCUGUUGGUAAAAGAUUACGAUGAAGCGUGCACAUUUGGGCGAAACAUAGUACUCGACAAUAUGGGAUCACCAUCGAAUUCUGUUCACAAAGAAGCCCCACCGUUCAUUUUACGAAUCUUAUUGUUGAUAAAGAGUGCACAGUCAGCAGCUCAAGCAGCGGUUGCUGCAACAUCAUCUGCAACAGUUGCAAUAAAAAGGCAUUUUCGAAAGCUGAGUACAUUUUCAAAGGAUACUUCAGGAACAACAAAUCAUCAGUCAGAUCAAUGUAAUCUUGUUCACACAGCAUCCAUUUCUCCAAAUAAUAAAUGUGACGUAAACAAUUUGUCAGAAAAAGAUGAUCAUACAAUUCACUGCCCAACAAUUAUGUCUGCUCGAGCUAUUGCCAUUGCUCGUCUUCGAAAAUGGGCCGGAAGAAAAUCAGGACCUUCGGAAACUGAGAACACCGGGACUUUCAGGGCUUUCCUUCGCCGUGGGCGUCAUCAAGCAGAAGUCCCAAUGAACUCGUUUGUCCGUAGUCGAGAAGCUCGUUCAGCAGUAACUAGUCCUACAUCAUCUCAAUUUGAAUUCCCUUCAAUACCUACCACUUUAACACACUCGGCUUCUGGUCAUUUGAUUGGACGAUCUGAACUAAGUUCGGAUGAUCUUGAAUAUAAGUAUUUGACCACUUCGGUUCCGUAUCACCGAUCUCCCAGGAACGAAGGACCUACCGUUACCCAGUUGGAGCUGUUCAACGAUAUGCUUUUGGCCAUUUUAACGAACAAUCCAAAUCUGACACCUAUGCUCACCGACUAUAUUCUUAAUGUUUACGCUCCAGCUGAUCGACGCUUAUCUAAACUUCCAAUUUAAACAACAACGAAAUUAAUUAAUUCUACAAUUUUAAUUGAACAUCAACAAUAAAUCAGUCAUUAGAUCAUGUGCUUUAUAUUUUAAUUAAUCUGUUCCGUUUUCUUUUAAAUCCAUAUAUAGCUUUGAAAAUUAUUUUAAUGUUUAGUUUGAUUUUUCCGAUUUCCUUUUCUUUUUUUCUUCUUUCUUUUAUUUUGCUUCUUGUGUAUACUUGGAUUAGGAUCAUUUUUCUUUGCGAUCCUAUCAUUUCGCAUUAAAAGUAAUGUUCUAACCGUUGAAAACGAAUGCUUUACUUUAAAAAAACACAGUUUAAUCGAUUUGUUAUUUCUGUAUUUUAUUUAUACUUUUUCAAUAAAUGAUAAUUUAGAACAAAUAGUUAUCAUCAUAAUGCUUCGCUAUAAUCAAUUAUCUUAAACAAGAUAUGUAUCAUUUUUGUCACUUACUUUUAAUAAGUCACAAUAACUAGUUAUAUUAUACAAUAUUUAUUCAACUAAACAAACUAUUUUAUUUUAAAGCUAUUACAUUUUACCUCUUAUUUCUUAUGCAUACAAAUAGCAUCUAAAUGAUAAGAUCAAUUCAUUAUUGAUAUGCAUACAUAAAUUAGUGCCAGAAUCAUUAAAUGUGAUGACAAUCUCGUCAUAGUUAUUGUGUUUUAAUGCUGAUUAUUAUUUUUUUUUAAAAUGAACAGCAAGUGUUAACUUCUUAUUGAACUAUUUUUAUUCAGUAAAUUAUUAUUAGGUUAAUCAUUUUUGGCAUUUCUAUCGUUGCUUGAAUCUCUUAAUUAGCGUUUAUUUUUAGUUUUCUUUUUCUUGUCAGUACUACUUAUUUUUUUUAUUUUUGUUACUGUUCAUUCAUAUAUUAAUAAUAUCUGCCUAUUCACGCCAGAGAUUUUGAGUCGAAUUUUUUUUCAGUUUAUUAGCUUGGCUCUUCGUCUUCAUUAUUAUUUGCAUUUAGAUUUCGGCGAUUUAAUUGAUUGUUCAUCUUGAAAAUGUUGCGAAAUUAUGUUAUUUAAAUCACAACAUUCAAUAAUAACGAUUGUUGUCUAG